AGAGCCCAUCACAAAGGCUAGAGCUGCGGCCCGUAAUGGCGUUUUCGCAAAAGGACCGUAUCUUACUCGGUUGCGUAACAGCUGCUUCUCUAUGCAAUUUUUUAUUCCGCGAGUCAGGCUUCUCGCACCCCUCCUGCGUUCUGUCAGGCUGGUGCACAGGGUCCGGAUCAGUAUAUCACUGCUUUUAUGUCAGUUUAAAACUCAGUGCAGUCACCCCCUUUUAAGCAUAUAAAAGUCUACUGAAUGCAACUCACUCCCCACAUAUCGAUCAUGCCCCCCGUUCGUGCCCCCCUCCUUCGUGUCAUGCUCAGCACUCGCCUUGCCGAAAACAAUGCGGCGCCAUCUAGUAGUGACCUGCAGUGGCAGCCUGUUAUCGGUAUUGUAGCCGGUUUCCUGUCUAUUCUCCUUGCCGUCUACCUCAUUCAUUUAUUGUUCCAAAUCCACGUUUCAGGCAUCUCCCCUCGUAUCCUCGGUGAAUUGUCAUGUUCCUUAUUGAUGUGUGUGUACGAACUAAUACACCCAUAUAUCUUUUGGCGCCAGGAUACGUACUCCCUUCAGGCGCUCGUCGUGUCUCGCAUGCCGUCACUGACAGCGGAACGUCAGGCUCGUGGCCCGACCUUUCGAGUCCAGCUCCACCUCCCCCCUACACAGCAAGAUCAAUCGCAGCUCCCCUCUACACAAUUACAGUACCACCUCGGUCACUGCAAGGUGGGCCAGUCCGCCAUCCGCCGAAUUACCUUCCUCCGCCACGCCGCCAUGUAGAUGAACCAAUUUCAAGAGGUUGACAAUGUGCUCGAACAAGCUGCUGCGGACGCACAGCAUGUCCGAUUUGUGACGAGUUUUGAGAUGCUGUGGAUCCGUCC